AUGGGUAACAAAUAUUGUAAGAAGUUGCAUCCAAUUAUAGCACAGGCCAAAGGAGCAUCAAAUGUGUGGAAGAAACUGGAGGCAGUGAGAGAUGAUGUAGAACAUCAAAUAUGGUGGCAAUUGAAAGGAGGUACUUCUAGCUUCUGGUUUGAUAACUGGACAAAAGAAGGUGCUUUGUACUUUGUUGAUAAUGAGCUGGUCAUUGAUGAGGAGAUAAAGGUGAGGGAAUUUACAUCUGAUGGGGAGUGGAAUUUUCCAAAAUUACAGGAAUUUCUUGCUGAAGAAACUGUGGAAUACAUACAAGAUACCAUUAGUCCAAAGCUGAUUCAAGCUAAUAAUGAUAAAGCUUGGUGGAUGGGUGAAACAAAUGGAAAAUUUACAGUCAAAAGUGCAUGGGAGGAAACUAGACUAAAGCAAGAUAGUCUUGAAGCUUAUAGAUAUAUCUGGUUGAAAGGAUUGCCUAUUAAAAUAAGCUUCUUUUUAUGGAGAGUUUGGAAGAGGUGCAUAACAACUGAUGACAAGCUUAAGAGAAUGCAUAUCAAUAUUGUCUCAAGAUGCUGGUGUUGUCAAGAGCAUAAGCAGGAAACCAUGUCCCAUUUUUUUCUAACUUCUCCAAUAACUUUCAAGCUUUGGAAACAGUUUGCUUUUUAUGUAGGUUUUAAUAUAGAAGGUCGCCAUUUGCAGCAUAUCAUUAUUCUAUGGUGGAAAGCCAAUGCACCUUCAAAGCUACAAGGGAUAUUUCAAGCCAUGCCAGCUAUCAUUAUGUGGGAGAUCUGGAAAAGAAGAAACUCAAUCAAACAUGGAAAACAUAUAUCAUAUAGCAGAAUGGUAUACCAGGUUCAACAAACAGUACAUCACCUGAUCAGAGUGAAGUAUCCUUGGUUCUGCAGAAUUCCACCAGACUGGCCUGCUGUUAUAGACCUGUUGAGCAACUACAAGCCAAAACUGCAUUACUGCAAGGUUAUAUGGAAAAUGCCACAGCAUGGAUUGAAGUGUAAUAUAGACGAAGCUUCUCAAGGUAAUCCAAGAAUCAGCUCAUAUGGAUUUUGCAUCAGAAAUGACAGAGGAAAUCUUGUUUAUGCUCAGGCCAAGCAGAUUGGCUUGACCUCAAACAUGAUGGCAGAAACAAUAGCUAUCCAGGAAGCUAUGAAAUAUUGUUUAGGUAAUAACAUUCAAAAUGUUACAUUGGAAACUGAUUCAUUGGUUCUAAAAAACAUACUACAAGAUGUUUGGAAGAUCCCUUGCCAAAUUGUGGAGAAAGUGGAGCAGAUUCAGCAAAUAAUGGAACAGCUGCAGGUACAAGUUUUGCACAAAUUUAGAGAAGGAAAUCAGCUGACAGGUUUCCUAGCAAAUGCAGCACUGGAAGUAGAGAAUCAGCUGGAAUUCACUAGCUUUGAAUCACUGCCAAUACUAGGAAGGAAGAUACUAAAUUUAGACAAGGCACAAAUUCCAUCACUGAGUAUCAAAACAAGGAAGAUUCAGCCUACUUGA